UUAACCUCUUGCCGUCCGCCUGCUGUUUAUAAACGGCAGGGCGGUGGCAGUCCAGGGGCGGGUUGCCAAUUCGCAUUCACUCACAGCACCGCGAUCUGUGCCCGCUACGUCCACCGGACACAGUGGAACACAGAUCGAUGUAUGGGACCUCUGUGUGAGGUCCUGAUUCGUGUGAUCAGUGAUUGGCCAAUCAGUGAUCACAUGAACAGUAGUAAACAAGAUGUCACUUCCUGACAUCAUUGUUUACUACUUGAAAAUUCUGUGAAUGAUCACAGAGGUCACAUGGUACAAGGC